AGCCGCAAUGUCUUUUGUGUCGCUACGGUUCCUUUUGCAUUUGUACCUUCCUCCCUGAGGUUUUGUUGCGAUUGAGCGUCCCGUCAUGUUUCUCCUUCGACGUGCCCCACUACGUGCCCUUCCACGACUGGCCAAUGUCCAUUACCAACGCCGAAGCCUAGGCAGUGUGAGCGCUAUCGACUCCGUCAUCUUUCGCACACUAUUCGGAACCGAUGAGAUUCGAAAGGUGUUUGACGACAAGGCGUACAUCAAUCGCUGCGUCGACGCUGAGACAGCUUUGGCGAGAGCACAGUCAAAAUGCAAUGUUAUUCCGUCCCAUAUUGGAGAACUUGUGACCUCCAAGGCCAUUGAAGUGGAUUUGGACUAUGAUAGGCUGCGUCGCGAAACUGAAAUCGUCGGCUACCCAAUCUUCCCUUUGGUCCGGCAACUGUCUGCGUCUUGCGGCGAAGAAGCUGGCCGCUAUGUACAUUGGGGAGCAACAACUCAGGAUAUCAUGGACCUGGCCAGCAUUUUGCAGAUGAAAGAAGGCCUUGAGAUUGUUGAGCGGACGCUUCGCUCCGUCAUCAAGAACCUUGAAAGCCUAUCGAGGAAACAUCGAGACACGCCCAUGGCUGGCCGCACCCAUCUGCAACACGCUCUACCGAUCACCUUCGGGCACAAAUGCGCCAUCUGGCUAUCGAGUUUUCAGCGACACCUCGAACGUCUCGAACAACUGAAGCCUCGCGCGUUAAUGGUUCAAUUUGGAGGAGCUGCAGGCUCUCUAGCUUCCUUGGGCUCAGGCGACGAUGGCAUACGUGUUCGAAAGGAAAUGGCGAAGGACCUUGGCCUUACCGAUCCACCAAUCACCUGGCAUGUUGCAAGAGAUGGUGUUGCUGAGAUCACAAACUAUCUCGCGCUUGUUGGUGGAACUUUGGGCAAACUAGCUCUCGAUAUCAUCCUCAUGUCAUCGAACGAGCUUUCGGAGGUAUCAGAGCCUUUCGUCCCGCAUCGCGGCGCAUCUUCUACUAUGCCGCAAAAGAGAAACCCCAUCUCAAGCGAAGUUAUAUUGGCAGCAUCCAAGAUUUUGCGAUCGAACGCCGGACUGGUUCUUGACGGCAUGGUGUCAGACUUUGAACGUGCCUCGGGUCCGUGGCACCUGGAAUGGGUCGCGGUACCAGAGAGCUUCGUCAUUGCUGUUGGUGCACUAAACCAAGCGGACUUUGCACUUGCCGGGCUCGUUGUGAAUCCCCAAAAGAUGCUCGAUAAUCUCUAUUCGACCAGAGGACUCAUCGUCGCUGAAGCAGUGAUGAUGGGCCUCGCUCCUCACGUUGGUCGUUCGAAAGCUCACGACGUUGUGUACGAAGCAUGCAAAGAGAGUAUUGAAAACGACACGAGUCUAUUGGAGGCUCUGCAGACCCGCUCUGAGAUUACUGACAAAAUCUCCAACGACGAAUUGAGCUCACUGUGCGACGCAAAGAAUUACCUGGGGUCAUGCGGUCUGAUGGUCGAUGAGGUUCUGGCUGCAUCAAGAUAACAUAUCUACUUCGACCCUAAAAUUAGCGAGAAAAGAUCAUUAAGAGUAGAUAUAUCUUGAUGGGAGCAUUGCAUGUACUUGGUUUGAGUAAGCACUGUUAAAUCAAUUGGUCAUAUCAUCAACAUUAUAGACAACCCCGCAAAUAAGCC